AUGCAGCUAUUUCAUUUUUGUAUUCUGUUUGGUACAACUGUGUGUGAUUUAUCACUUGAAUGGAAUAAAUUAAAGCAUGAUUAUAAAAAACAACAUGCAAGUGAUGAUGAAGAAUCGGAUCGUAAACAAAUCUUCAUUGAUAACUUUAUUCGCAUACAAAAUUAUCAACAAAUUCAUUCAGAUGCCUCAUUAACUAUGAGAGUUAAAGAUUUAACUGAUGAACGUGUUCACGAAAUUGUUUCUGAUAAAAAAUCAUCUUUUAAGUCGUAUCCAAUGUCAUCGAAGCAAUCGAUUGAUGUAAAAAAUCUUCCUGAAUCACUUGAUUGGCGUGUAAAAGGUGUCAUCUCACCAGUGAAAAGGCUAGGAAUCAUUGGAGAAGACGUCUCUGCUAUUGUUAGUACUGAACUUGUGGAAAGUCUUUUUGCUAUUGAAAGAAAACAACUUAUUGAAGGUAGUGUUUCUCGAAUACUUGAUUGUUGUCCACAGCCAAUUGAUACUUUCGAAUGUAUACAAAAUAUGAGUGGUAUUUGUAAAAAUAGUGAUUAUCCUUCUGUUCUUCAUAAAUGUGAACCAAAUCGAUGCAAGCCAUUUGCAACCUUCGACACAAUUAAGAGAUUGACUAAUAACGAUGAAAAUACAAUGUUAGCUUGGAUACAAAAAUCAACGCUUUGGGCAAAAAUGGAUGCUAGUGGUGAAGAAUUUUCCGAGUAUAAAGGAGGUAUCUAUGAUAAUGAUGGGUGUUCAGAAAUAAUGGUUGCUCACGUGUUACAAAUUGUUGGUUAUGGUGUUGAAGGUGGUAAACCGUUUUGGAUAUGCAAAAAUAACUGGGGUGAUCAUUGGGGAGAGAACGGUUAUAUACGUAUUGCCCGCGGUAAAAAUAUGUGUGGGAUUGCAACGAAUGUCGUACAAAUAGAUUACACAACGACAAGUAAUGCUUCACGGCAACAAAUUAUUAUUCCAACGAUUUUCAUCACAUUAUUAUUAACAGUCAUUAGGCAAAUGAUUAUCGCCUACUAUUAA